GUUAGUCAUCAUCACAGAAUCGUUUUCCUUUCCUUAUAUUACGCACAACUACAGUACUUUUCAUUGAAAAAGAAUCCUGUGUGAUUUAAUUUCCCUCUAGAGGUCAGUGUGGUGAAUUCAAAAACUGAAGGGCUGGUGCUACGGACAUCAACACCCUGAAACGUACAGGAGGGGAGCUUAAAAACCACUCGCUUUGAAAGAACUACUCCGGUUGUGCAGGGGUUUCAUCAGUGCAUUUCAUUCUGAAAAAAAGCACAGUAAAACUAAAUAACGGGAAACGCCACGGCUAAGCGAAAAGCUUCACUUCUAAGGAGUGUAUGCCUCAAACAUUAAGUUUUUAGAACACGUAUCAGAAGGAGCUCAGACAAAUAUAUAUAUAUAUAUAUAUAUAUAUAUAUAUAUAUAUUUUAUAGGAAAUUGAGCGGUGAGUGUUCAGCUGCCGAGAUGUCAGCGCAGAGCUAGGUAAUACUGCGAGCACAGUGGUUUUUUGUUUAUUUAUUUAUUUUUUAACUGUAAAAAUACACUUCACCAGAGUAGUAUUUUCCAUUGAAUAUAUGUUGUUGUUUUUUUUGCUUUGUUUUUUUAUGUAGCGUUAAAUAUAGUGUAUAUAUAAACUUUUAAAUUCGGUGGAUUAAAAACUACCAUUGAGCCUGUGAUGGAGAAGUGAAAUGGAGGACCUCGGAAUAUUUUGACAACAGCAGGGUCCUCUGGCAGUUUGUGAUUCUGGAAACUUGGCACUUGUUCUGGAGUCUGCAUCCUCAAGCAACACCAACCCACUCUCUCCUACUGAGUGCCUUUGGUCAGACUGUUUACUGACUCCCAGUACCACAGCCAUGCUACUGAAAGAAUACCGGAUCUGUAUGCCUCUCACAGUGGAGGAGUACAGGAUCGGCCAGCUGUAUACCAUCAGCAAACACAGCCACGAGGAGAGCGACAAGGGGGAAGGCGUAGAGGUGGUGCGAAACGAGCCACACAUAGACCCCGUCCAUGGAGAGGGGCAGUUCACAGAGAAGAGGGUACACCUGUCCAGUAAGCUUCCCAGCUGGGCUCGAGCUGUGGUUCCCCGCAUAUUUUAUAUCACAGAGAAGGCCUGGAACUACUAUCCUUACACAAUCACAGAAUAUACGUGCUCAUUUUUACCGAAAUUCUCUAUUCAUAUAGAAACAAAAUAUGAAGACAAUUGUGGAGACAAUGAAAAUAUUUUUAAUACAGAUAAAAAUAACUCAGAACGUGAGGUGUGUUUCCUGGACAUUGCAUAUGAUGAUAUCCCAGACAGACACUACAAAAGCUCAGAGGACCUGCGGUGCUUUGCGUCAGUAAAAACAGGACGGGGACCCUUGAAAGAGGGCUGGAGAGAGAAAGACAAGCCAGUUAUGUGCUCCUACAAACUGGUCAGCAUCAAGUUUGAGGUGUGGGGGCUCCAGACCAGGGUGGAGCAGUUUGUGCACAAGGUCAUCAGUGAUAUCCUGUUAAUAGGACACCGGCAGGCCUUUGCAUGGGUGGACGAGUGGUACAAUAUGACAAUGGAUGAAGUGCGGAAGUACGAGAGAGACACACAGGAAGCCACCAACGAGAAGAUCGGGCCAGUGACACCCACAAUCUCCGUCAGUGAGGUGUCCAAGCCGUCCACUUCACACAGCGCCCCUUCCAGCGCUCCCUCCACCCCCGUCAACGGAGACCCUCCUGACUUCCUCAGUGUGCCCAAAGACCGGCCACGCAAGAAAUCCGCUCCCGAAAUGCUUACCCUCCCGGAGAUGAGGGAACGCUCACACCCCAAGUAGAGAUCAACUGGAUUUGCCACCAAAACUCUCUCUUUUUGUUUUGUAUUGCAGCAGCUAAAAACUAUAAUACACACACACACACACGGACACACACUUUUGAAUAUUGAACCCUAAGAGGUUUUAUUUUAUAUUCACACCAAUCAGUCAGGGGAGUCAUUUAAUGCAGAAUGACAGUUGUGCAUAGCUGACUGUUUUUUGUUUUUUUAUUAAUUUUAAAAUAUUACUGGGCACCGGUGCUGAAUUAGUGAAGGUAUCACUGAUCACUUGAGUGUAGAGAGUAGCACUUUCUCAUUAGAGGUUAAAAUUCUCAUUAACUGAAUAGUGUUAUCGGUGCAGCAUGAUGGCACCAGAGAGCCAAGAAUAGUUUUAUUUGUGUGUUCGUUAUUGAUUCACAGGACUGAAGAAUAUUUAAAAGGAUUUUGGAGGUGCAUGUCAGUAGUACUACAAAGCUCUGGAAGAGGAUAUGUGAAUAUCAGCUUUUAAUUUAUAAAGUUCUCCUUCUUUAUGCACGGCCCAGUCUAAUACUUCUAUCCCUUUAAAAAUAAGCUGUCUCAGCCACUGGAAUAAAACCAGUUGGACAACUUCUAAUCCUUCCAGGAGGAUUCCAUUUCAGGUGGGAACAAUUAACGUUGCUGAAACUUGUCUUCCCCUGAAGAUCGUGCUGCCAUUGAGGUUAGUAGUGCUGGUUUUGCCCAUCGUAUCAUGUGUUUUCUCAGAAGACUGAAUUAGCUGCUUGUACAUUUCAAAGAAGCAAGACAAACUGUUGGAUCUACUGUUGCAGACACCUCUCAUCAGAAAAAAAAAUCUCAUUGCAAAAUCUUGUUAUGCUAACUAGCAUGUAAUGAUGCCAUAAGAAACACACCACUUUUAACCUUACUGGUUAAGAUUUUUCUUUCCUGUAAUUCCAAGCAUUUGUGAAAUUUUUUUGUAUGUUUUUUUUUUUUUUUAGAAACUUCAUGCAUUUAUUUUAAUGUUAAUGCUUUCUAGAUUAUGUGAUUUGCACUUCAGCCUUUGUGUUUUUUUUAAAAUUUAUUUUUAUUUAGGAGUAAUUCGAAGUCCUGAAUCAUAGUGUAGUUUGCUUAUAACCUACUGUACAUGCAUAUUAGUAAUACAAAAACAUUUUGCAAAUGUUCUUUGUCGUCUUGUAAUACAUUAUUAGCAGAGAUACAGGCUCUGUAAUGUUAAUUUAGUGUGAUACAGGACUUUUGAAUCACCCUACAGAAUGUAUGAUGUGGAUAGGCAGUUAUUGGAUCAAAAAUGUAACUGAAUGAAGUCAAUCUUCUCUUAUGCAACAAAUGGUGAACUCCUAGAUGUUUAUCGGUUAAGGCACCCUAUACAAAAAGUGCAUUUUCCACCAACAUUUGACUACUUUUCCCCAGACUGUUAGGUAGACAAGGAAUAGUAAACGUCACUUUGAAUCUUUAUCUGUUGUUCUUUUAAAAUGCAUGCGACUUGAUUGACGCUGUAUCGCAGUAGACUGAAGCUCUAUAAUUCAGUGAUUUAUCUUCUCUCAUUUUUUUUGUCUACCAUCUCAAUGUUUGUUCUAAUAGGAAAUAAAGCUCUUGCUAAGUCACUUCAGAAGUCUCUCUUAUAUUGAAAGGUUGUCCAGAUACUGUGCUCUUUUCAUUAUAAUUCUGUUGUUGGGAGCAUAGCUAAGAGAAUGUGCUGUUUCUAAUGAGAAUGCUAUUGAAAUAGAAUGAUGUGGACCAAAGGGGCCACAACUAGAAUGUAACCGGUUCCAUACUAUAAAGGGACCUUACUGAUACAGACUACUGCCUACUGUAUAUAUUUAAUGCUUGCACUGAAGACUACAUUACAAACCCACAUGAUGUUACACAAUGUAUAAAAUAUGCCUCCCUUUUUUCUUCAUGGAACUGGCCUAUUGAUAUAUUUCACUUUGCAGUAUACAAAUUAACCCCAGUCGUGCCGAUACUCUCUGUUUGCUGGUUUACAAGAUCAGUUGUUACAAUUCCAUGGCUCUAUUUGAAUGUUUUAAGAAGAAUUACAUAGAAAAAGGACCAGCUUGUGGCACUACUAAUAAAAUGUGUCGUAGGACUUAACUGUAGAAUGUACUUCUUUUUUUUUUUAUUAAAAUAUAUUUUCCACGCUG